AGCAGCAGAAGUUUUCUUUAAACAGUCUCUGUUGUCCGUCCUGCUGCGCGCGCGCGCACACACAAAACCCCUUGUCAAAAUGUUUUCGUGACUCAGACGCUGCCUCUGGCUCGGCUGGACCCGCCAUGUAGCAUGCGCGCGCUGGACGGAGCUCUGCGGGGAUACUUUCACUGGAUCGUUGAGGUUCGGCAGCUGCAGAGCGCGCGGCUGGCUGGUCUGGUCUGGUGUGCGGGAUCCGGUGAGCGCCGGGGCGGACUGGCCGCACCAUGCUCCGGCCGUGGGCUGCGCUGUGGAUCACAGCUGUGCUCCUGUGUCGGGCGGUGGCACAGUACUCCAGCGACCAGUGUAGCUGGCGAGGAAGUGGUUUGAGCCAUGAGUCUCAUCGCAGAGAUGUGGAGCAGGUCUACCUUCGCUGCUCUCAGGGCUUUCUGGAGUGGCUCUACCCCACUGGGGCCAUCAUUGUCAACCUGCGACCAAACACUGUGUCUUCAUCAGGACGCAUGGCAGGUCUCCAUGUGUGCAUCAAACCCCAUACUUACUCCCAGGGUUCUCAUGUGUAUCUGGAGCGUGCCGGGGAUCUGAAGCUGCUGCUGGCAGAGACAGACCAGGCUCAGGGCACAGUGCAUUGUUUCAGCCUGGCAGAGGGGGCUCUCUUUGUGGAAGCCAUCCCACAGACAGACAUCAGCCGGAGAAUCACGGCUUUCCAGUAUGAACUGGUGCCCAGUCAGGGGCCUGGGGCACACAUGUACCCGUUCCUGCACCCUGGUGAAGUCACCUGUAAACCCUGUUCGGAUGAAGAGGUCCUCAUGGCUGUGUGUACCAGUGACUUUGCUGGAAGUGGCAUCUUUCGAGGUGUGACAUCAAGUACUAAAGACCACUCCCCUGUUGUGGUGACCCUGAGCCGGCUGUUUCGUCAGAAGAGUGGGGUGUUUGUUUGGGGUGGAGCCAGAGGGCGGGGCUGGACUGGACGUGUCAAUAUUCCCUCAGAGUGCAGUGUCCAUCCUGUAGGGGAUGAGUUCCUUUUGACUGGCUCUGUCCAUUUUGGCGAAGCCUGGCUUGGCUGUGCACCUCGCUACAAGGACUUCCUGAAGCUGUACGUCAGAGCACAGAAAGCUGGAACAAACCCCUGUCAAAUAGACACAGACUGAGACAUCAGAACAGGCUGAAAUUUGGAGGACGGAGCGACAUUAUCUUUGAGGCUGUCAGAGAGACAAGCAGGAUUACAGUCCCCUGGCCAUCACUAAAGGCUACUUCUGCAGACUCUGAAGAGCUGUGCAACUUACUUUUGCCUUGCAGCAGAAAACACAGUUGGACAUUUGGAACAUUUUUGUAGCUGCAUAAACUCAAAUGUCCCCAUUUGACUCUACUUGUAUACUGUGUGUAUAAAUGUGUUUGUGCGUGAGUGAGACAGCCAUUGAAUGAGCGAGGGAAUGGAUGAUAAGCUUAAAUUAAAUUUGUGCCCAACUGCUUAAAGUUUUUAUUGUCAUGACGAUACUGCAUGUGUGAUCAUUCUUGAAAUGAAAGUUUGCUUUGUAAAAAGCUUUCUGUAAAAUUUAGGAGUCUUCUGACAGAAGUGUACUGUAUGCAGCUCUGUGAGUCUUUAUGUACUAAGUUUGUGUUUGUGUGUGUGUGCGUGUUUCGCUAUAUAUGAGUUCAAAGGGUCUUUAUAUUUACAGAAAAUAAAAUGCAGUCCCUCA